GAAAGAAAAAGAAAAUCAACCAAAAUCCCAAACAAACCGUUCACGAAAGUUCCAGAUUUUUCUCUUCCCGUUGGAUUUUGUAUAAAAAGUCACGUCCUGAAUGUAAUCUGGUUUAGUUCAUCAGGUCAAGAAACUCCCAAAGCAAACGUGGAGAAGGAAAAAUCAAGAAUUGCAGUGAAAAUGAAUCCGUCAGGUGUGAAAAAUCAAAAAGACGACGAAGAAGAGUCAUCUGAUGGGGAAAUAAAAUCCCAAGCCGUGGUCAAGUACACCAGUUGCCGACCACCGUCAAACUUCUCCCAGCUUCGAUGCAAUACGAAUUUGAAUCUUCUCCCCCCGCCGAAUUUCGUGAGGAACUCCAUCAAUUUCAACGGGAUGCAACAGGCGGCUAUUCAUCGUAGUGGCUUCUCCAGCUUCCGCAUGACUCACAUGUUCCCGGACUGCAUUGGUGGGGUGGACGUUGUGAGCGAUGCUGAGAUAAUUAAGCGUCUCCUGAGGCUCCCCUAUGCCCCGAAUAGUGCCCUCAGCCUUAUGGUUCAUCGUAUUGGGAAUACAAUGCUCAUUGAUGAAUUUGAUCUGCAGAAGUACCUCCUGUGUCGAUCUCCGGUUGAAUGGGAAUGGCUGAAGAAUUUUAUGCGCGACAGGAUUAUCAAUAGGAUGUCAAAUGAGGAGAUUCGCUACCUCAUUACCAAUCGCAGUAGGCAUGUUCUGCAGGAGAGGUUGCUGCAUCAGAAAUUCCUUCAGCAUAGCUUGCUGGAUGAGGAGGAGGAUCAAGCAGAGCCACCGCCGCGGCAGCAGCAGCUGAGGGAGAGCCCUUCGCUGCAACUUCAGGGUCAGGGGCCCAUUCUUCCGGAACCGGGUGUGGAACAAAGUGUUCCAGAUCCGAGAUUCACGCACACCUUCAACAGGAGCAUUGUGUGGAAUUUCGAGGACAUCCGGAUGCUCAUUGGGACGGAUAUGCCGAUCUUUGGUGGUGGCACGCGGCCGUGUAUUAGCCUCCGUCUGCGUGACAUGAAGAAACCCAUCAAUGUCCUCACAGGGAUCGACUACUGGCUGGAUAAUCUAAUGUGCAACGUCCCUGAGGUUGUCAUGUGCUACCAUCUCGACGGGAUUGUCCAGAAGUACGAAUUAAUCAAGACGGAAGAUCUUCCCUUCCUGGAGAACUCUCAAUUCUCCCCGAAAAUCAUCCGAAAUGUCGCUCAGAAUAUCCUGGCCUUCCUCAAGGCGAAUGCCACAAAGGCCGGGCAUACGUAUUGGCUCUUUAAACGGCCCAAAGAUGACGUUGUGAAGCUGUAUGAUCUCACAACACUCUGCACCGAAGGAGAGCACAAAACCCCCAAACCUCCGGCAGAACCGACUAGUGAGAAGAAUGCAGCAGAAGCAGAUGGAGGAAGUGGAGACGUCUCGAAUCCCUUUACAAUCCCCGUGGCAAUGUUACUCUACAGCGUGGCCAGGAAUAUGAAGAGUUCCGUGGAGAAGAUGACCAAUCAACAGGCGGGAGCUGUUAAGAUGCUCCUUGACAAUUGCAUAAAGCUCCUCCCGAAGGAGACUCAUCCGCAGAUUGUUGUCUCAUCUCACUACAUGCUUUCCGACCUAAACAUCCCAUCCGGGAUUGAUCCGCAGAAUAUUUCCUUCUCAUCCGGAAGUGAUGAGAGUGAGUAUGACGAUGAAUCUCUCUACGAUGAAGAUGAUUCCGACGUGGAGGACUUCCAGGCCGCAUCUUCUCCUCACACAAGUGAUGAACUUGUGGACAGUGGUGAGGUGAUUGCCGUGAAGACAAUCCAGGAAGCCACGGCGGUGCAGAGUAAGAAGAAGAAUUGGAAGCACAACACCCGCCCGCCGGCACUGAGUUCAGACACGGAGAGUCGAUGCUUUGCUGCCCUGGAGAACAUUGUGGCUGGGCUGAAGUGUCUCAAGUACUUCCGGGAAUCGGAGCAGCAAACAAAUGAGGCUGAGAGGAAGAAGAAGAUUCGGAAGGAGGCGGAAAAUCUCAAUAUGGCCAAACCCCUGCAACCCAUCCCGCUUCCUUAUGAAACCCUCACGCCGCAGCCGAUGCUAGUCAAUCCGACAGAUGUGAUUCCUCUUGGGUGGAAGGGAAAGGAGCCGCCAUCUGAUGCCCAAGGAAGUGCCGGGCGGAAGAAGAAUAGAGGACAGAAGGAUCAGCAGAAAACGGAGGAGAAGGGGCAGGAAAAUCUCCCUGUUGCGGGAAAAUUUAAAGCUGUCAAGUGUUGGAGUCUCCACUUGAGGCUACUUCUCCUGGAGAAGGCUACCCUCACGUAUAGAGUCCUCGGGGAGCUUGCCUAUGGACAGGGAGACCUGGCAAAGGCUUUCCGGUACUUAAAUUUGUCUUUUCGUUGCCAAGAUGCCGUUCGGAAGUACUGGCCAAGUAAUGGGAAGGAAGUGAGUAGUCUCCUGUCCAGAGCAGGGGAUUGCUAUCUGGAAUUUGGGAAGAACUUCAAGAACAUCGAUGAGACGCAAAAGACAACUAAUGCCUUGACGGAGAAUGAUAGAAUUAUCGUGGAAUUCAUUGAGAGUGACGAUGAGGAUGCUCAACGUUUUGGGCUCCCUCGGGCAGGGGGGACAGCUGAGGGGCUUCUAAAAAUUAGCCUCUUUGUGUAUGAGAGAGCCCUCAAAAUGGACAUGGGGAUGCUAAGAGGUCAUCUAAUACGACGAAUUGGGAAUGUUGUGAAUGAAAUUGGAACAUUCUACAUGUCUGAAGCACUCACAAUGUUCAAUAGAAGGAAGCAGGGAGAGCUGAGGGAAGAGGAGAAUGUGCAGAAGUAUCAAGAGAAGUACCUGAAUUACAUGGCGGAAGCCCACAAGCAUCUCACGCGGAGUAUUGAGCUGUUCCAGGAGGUGGAUGACAAUGUGAAUUUGGCACUAAUUUACUGCAAUAUGGGCAGAUAUAGUCGUCAAAUGGCCGAUCUGAUGACCUUCCCGCUUCAUGAUCCACGAAGAGUUGAAUCAAUGACCCGGAAGUAUUACAAUGAAGCCUUUGGAGCCUACAAUACAGCCCUGAGCAAGCUGGAGGAGCGCAAACGAAACCCCGAGAUUUGGGAUAUAGCCCACUGGGAACUCGCAAUGGCGACCUUCCUGCUGGCACAGCGCAUGCAGGACUUCUGGGAUGUAAAAUGUGAACGUUACCAGGAAAUUAUGGAACUCCUCCAGCGAUCACUGAAGCUCUGCCAGUCGCACAGUGAUGUCGAACGCAUGACAUCCUACACCUACCGCAUGGGGCAGAUCUAUACGCGCCUUGGGAUUGUCUGUGGGUGCGUGGUGAAGUAUCAAAGUGGGAGCUGUGAUGAGAAGAAGAAGAAGAAUAUGGUGCAGCUGUGUAGGUUCUACUUUGAGAAAGCUUUCGCCCUAUUCCGCGGUAGUUCCAAUCACGGCGAAUGCUUUGAAGUUCUCACGGAACUCAUGGAAUUCACAGACAACCAAAUGGAUACUGUGGGCAGGACAAAGACACUCCAGCAGGCAAUCAGCAUCCUGCGACAGGCUAAAGACUUCCUCGAUACUCUGGCGGGGCUCGAUGAGACAGCUGAAGUAAAUCUGGGAAUGUUUGAAUCACAAUUUCAGACUGUUUUCAAGAAUCUCCUGCGUGCCACAAUGGCAGCCAAAGCCGCAGGAGGAGGAGGAGGUGUCAAAGAUGCCAGCACAGAGCUCCUCAAUGUCCUCAAGAGCAUCUACAGCGCCUCCUUGGGAAAGUCAAACAAGGAUGAAGCAGCAAAAGAGAAAAUUCAACAAAAUAUCUCAACAAUUCUCGAAAUUUAUUCAAACUUCAACAAUAGAAACGUCUAAAAAGCUCCUUUUUUAUCCUUUUAACAUCCUUCGGGAAUCCUUAAUUUACGCAGCAAUUAAUGUUCUUUAAACAACAUAUGGGUAUCCGUAGUAUCCUAAAAUGAAUAAGAAUUUAAUAAUUUAAUUUGAAUGUUUUGUUUUGUGAAUUUAAUGAAUUUUAGAAACAUUUUAAAAAGUUCCUCAAUGUUUAAAAAAGAAACUAAAUGAUGGCGAUACUUUGUAAUUAAUAAGUACCUUACCCACUAAAAUAGAGAAAUGAAUAAAAUAAAUGAUAGAUAGGAAAGAAUAAAAAAAGUGCUGUGAAGAUUUUAAUUUCUUGAAUAAAGAGUUUAAAAAAAUACAUAAAAA